GGAAGCUUCUUAAAGGAUGAAUUACAUCAAAAGUACUGAAACAUGUUGCUGGCAUAGCUUUCUAGAUUCUGGAAUUCCCCACUGUCUAAAACAGCUCUACACAAUUAGAUUUUGCUGUAAGAACAAUUUGUCGUAAAGAAAGGCAAAGACGACAACACAUAAUAAACAUAUAUAGCAGGUUAUUCUGAGAGACAUGGAGGAAGAGGAUGGAAAUGCAGGGCACACAGAGAACAGAGUUAAAGUUUAACGUCCAAAUAAUUAUAAUUAAAAAAAAACAAAAAAAAAAACAGGCAAAGGUUAUACACGGGGAAUCAUAUAAUGUAGCAAACAAUCAAAAUGAUGAGCAGGCAAAAGGUAAACUCCCUGACAUAGUCCAGAGGUCACACACACACAAAAAAAUUAACACACGGGAGGGGAGUUUCCACAGUAAACAAAUUAAAACUGGGAGUACAUUUAUUCCCAAGUGAGCAAUCAGCUGAUAGGGAACAGGUGAGGGAGACUAAACUCAGGUGACAGAUAUUGAGGACAAACGGUCAGAAAAGGGGGAAAAACACAACAAAUACAGGAAGCAAAACUGGCAAGCGUGUAAAUGGACUAAGAAUUACAAAAUUAAACACGAACAGGAAACUAACAUCAUGAUACACACAAUAGAAAAACACAGCACAUACAACUAAGCGUGCACAACAUGAAGUUGCGGGAAUAUUUAAUAUAUAUUUAAUAUUUUUGCUGUCAGUGCAUCAGCCCAAAGUUGAUUCUCUGAAAUCUAUGUGGCUCUCUGGCUCCAUCUCGUGGCCCCUCAGACGUUUUGGAGUUAACUGGUUGGUAUGUCAGAACAAAUAACCUCGUGGAUUUCUGUGCUUCCCUAUUUAGCCGCAUGAAGCCUGUCGGGUCAGUGUGACCAGAGCAUGGUCACCAGGCCCUAUGCGUUAUCGCCACGGGAUCCAGGUGCACUGAGCCCUUGACGCUAUAAAUACCUCCGUGUUCCGAUGUUAAAGGGUCAAACAAGAAUUUUUAUUGAACACCUCGUUUUAUAUUAUUCAUCACUAACAGUUGUUGCUUUCACAUUGUGCCUUAUCCGUUAGGCGAUCUUUUAUGCGCUUUGUUUCAGCUUGUUUGAUGGGACCGAGCAGACGUACUGCAGCACGCGGUCAAGAAACCGCUCACGGUGGACUGCGGGAGUUAAAGGGGCGGUGAGAGCCGGUGGAAGAGAGGCGGACUCUUGACUGUCAGUCAAACAUCCGGGGUUAUCCGUUGCUACGAUAUAACGCCUUAGCGGAUGUAAAGACUCUCAGAAGUAAUUUUUUUCAGACUACCAGGAGGAGACGGGCACACCUAAGUCUCUCAGAAUGGGAAACCUGCUGUUCUCCACAGGCCUCAUAAGGACUGAUGCAACCAAGUCGGAUCAAGUUCACAGACGACAUUUAAUAGCCAAAACGAUCUGCAAUGGCAUAACCUAUUAUUACACUCCACUCACUGGUACAGGUUGCGAGACAGAAUGUCUUGCCAAAAAAUGUCAAGACUCUGCAGCUGUUUGCCCCACGUUCCCUGUUUCACCAUCUGCAGGGGCCUCCUCUUCUACACUCCUCUCAGAUUCACCGUCAAACACAUCUGUCUCCUCCCAAAACCAAUCAUAUUCUGCGUCCACUUCUCGUCCACUUCUGCUUUUCUUCUCCUGGCUUGGUGCCCAACCAGGGGGAAUGGCUAAGUACCGGGACCUUUAUCUGGACCGUGGCAUGGAUGUCCUCCUGGUUCAGAGCAGUGUGAUGCACUUCCUGUGGCCUCGAUGGGGGCUCGAGUAUGGAUUGGAGGUUCUGAAAAUUCUGGAGAACCCUCCCUUCGCAGGGAGGGUGAUGCUGGUUCAUGCUUCUUCCAUCGGUGGCUACACUUUCACUCAAAUCCUCACCCACAUUGUCCAAGAACCAAAAAAACAUGCAGGCCUGGCACAGAGGAUGAUGGGGCACAUCUAUGACAGCUUAGUGGUCGGCACUCUGGAGCACAUGGCCAUAGGCAUUGGUAGAACUCUGGUGCCACGUUUUGAGAGCUUCGUCAAAAGCACUGCCAUGCUUUACUUCUGGCUUUUCAAAACCCACACGGCAGACUUCUACGAGACCAGCAUCCAAGUGUUCCACAACAGCCCAGUUACCGCUCCCGCUCUCUUCUUCUUCAGUGAAAACGAUGCAAUGUGCAACACUGCAGUGAUGGAAAAGCUGAUUGACGUCUGGAGACAGAGAGGAGUGGACGUGCACAGCAGAAAGUGGAAGAAGUCGAUACAUGCGGCCCACUUGCGCUGCCACCCAGAUGAUUACCUCUCCACCCUGCAACACUUUUUGAACUCGCUGCCCAUUGCCUCCUGUAAAAAGACAAUCUAAAUAAGUGGGGAGGUAAAAAUACACCACCACCAAAUAUUAAAAAACAAAAUAAGCUUUAUGAUUUAAAAAAGAAUGCACUUUGAUUUUUUUUCCUUUAGCUUUGUCAUUAAUUAAAAUUUAAAGUAUUUUUUUCUCUCUUUUGCAUUGUUUGAAUUUUUGUUGCUUGCUGUUAAGUAAGGUUGUAUUUUAAGUUAUUUAAAAACAAACAAACAAACAAAAAACUAACCGAUGUUAUUUACCUGCGUGCUUAUGUUAUGGAUUAUUUUGCACUUUAAACAAUUCAAAAGCUUUAGUUGAUAAACUGUUGGUACUCUUACCAGAGAUGUGGUUGCUGCACAUUGAGUGAAAUAAAAUAUUUCAAUUGCGCUGCUUGAAACAGGA